ACUGGACCUGCUGCUGUUUCAGCUUCACUCAGAGACAAAAUGGCUUCCAGAUCAGAGGAUCUCUGCUGUCCGGUCUGUCAGGACGUCUUUAAGGAUCCGCUUGUUCUGUCAUGUAGCCACAGCUUCUGUAAGGAGUGUUUGAUGAACUGGUGGAGAGAGAAACCAGCAACAGAGUGUCCAGUUUGUAAGACCGUAUCGUUGACCAAAGAUCCUCCAGUUAGUCUGACUCUGAAGAGACUCUGUGAAUUUUUCCUACUGCAGAGAGAGCAGAAAGUUUCAGAGGGUCUCUGCAGUCUGCACUCUGAGAAACUCAAACUCUUCUGUCUGGACCAUCAGCAGCCAGUUUGUCUCGUCUGCAGAGAUUCAGAAAAACACUCCAAGCACAGAUUCAGACCCAUCGAUGAAGCUGCUCAGGAUCACAGAGAGAAUCUGAAAACAUUUCUGGAGCCUUUAAAGGAGAAACUGGAGCUGAAGAAGGAAGUUAAAGAGAAGUUUGAUCAGACAGCAGAACACAUGAAGGUCCAGGCCCGACACACAGAGAGGCAGAUUGUUGAGCAGUUUAAGAAGCUUCGUCAGUUUCUAGCAGAGGAAGAGGAGGCCAGGCUGGCUGCACUGAGGGAGGAAGAGGAGCAGAAGAGAGGGAUGAUGAAGGAGAAGAUGGAGGCUCUGAGCAGAGAGAUAGCAGCUCUUUCAGACACAGUCAGAGCCACAGAGGAGGAGCUGAGAGCUGAAGACGUCUCAUUCCUGCACAACUACAAGGCUGCAGUGGAAAGAGUCCAGCGCUGCCCCCUGCUGGAGGAUCCACAGCUGCCCUCAGGAGCUCUGAUAGACCAGGCCAAACAUCUGGGCAACCUGGCCUUCAACAUCUGGAGCAACAUGAAGUGA